AUCAAAAUGGCAGCGAAGGUACCGGCGGUGUUCGUGGUGCUAUUGUGGGGAAUUGCAGCCUUCUGGAGCAUUGCGGUCUCUUCCUUUGCCAUAGAUCUCGAUGAAACGUUUAAAGACAAUAGAGAAGAUGAAAUUUGGUUAGUAGAUUUCUAUGCACCUUGGUGUGGUCAUUGCAAGAAGUUGGAACCAAUAUGGGAUGAGGUAGCUGCUGAAAUGUUUACCUCAGGCUCUCCUAUAAAAGUGGGGAAGAUGGAUGCAACAAUUUAUGCAGGUGUUGCCUCUCAGUUUGGUGUCCGAGGUUAUCCAACCAUCAAAUUGUUAAAAGGUGAUCUCGCUUACAAUUAUAGAGGACCUCGUACCAAAGAAGAUAUAAUUGAGUUUGCUGGCAGAGUAUCAGGGCCAUUGGUCAGAUCACUUUCCUCUCAGCAGCUAUUCGAUCAUUGGCAGAAGAGACAUCCAGUCUUCUUUGUCUAUGUUGGCGGCGAAUCUCCACUGAAGGAAAAGUUCUUUGAAGUGGCAUCAGAACUGAUUGUGUAUACCUACUUCUUUUCUGCUUCAGAGGAUGCUUUACCAGAGGAUGUCUCUGUCCAAGAACUUCCUGCUGUGUUGGUGUUCAAAGAUGGAACCUACUACACAUAUGAUGAAUAUGAAGAUGGUGAUCUGUCAUCCUGGGUGACCAAAGAGAGAUUUUUAGGAUACAUUCACAUUGAUGGUUUUGCUUUAUAUGAACUAGCAGAGACAGGAAAACUGGUGGUGGUUGCAGUUAUUGACAGCAAGAACUCAUCAGAAGCGCAUACUAGCUUAAAGGCCAUUACUCAUGAAGUUGCUACUGCAUACAGGGAACAGUUUCACAGGAAUUUCCAGUUUGGGCAUAUAGAUGGAGCUGACUACAUCAACAGUGUCAUAAUGGAUGAGGUCAUCGUUCCUUCCAUUGUUGUACUGAAUACUUCAAACCAACAGUACUUUAUACCAGAAACAGCAAUUGAGAGCAUCGAGGAUUUAAUUAAGUUUAUUAAUGACAUCAUGGAAGGAUCAGCACAAGCCCAAGGUGGAGACAGUUUCUAUUAUCGUGUUAGAAGGUUGUUAUAUGAUGGAAAAUCAACCAUAUUAUCUGUUUUCAAGACCUCUCCUCUCCUGGGUUGCUUUCUUUUUGGUCUACCUUUGGGUGUUAUCAGCAUCAUGUGUUAUGGAAUCUGGACAGCUGAUGGGGAAUAUGAACCGGAAGAAGGAGAAUUGCUUCAGAACGAAGCCAUCGAGCAGGGAGAUGCAGAAGCUAGUGAUGAAGAAAAGGAGGAAAACAAUGAUGAACGUCACAAAGUUGAUAAUGGAGUUAAAGAAAGUUCUAAAGAGCAUAAAGAUGAGGAACUGGAAGAGAAAAGCAUGGUAGAAAAGAAAAGGGAUUAAUGUGUGCUUGAGUGCUGAGUUUCCUUUAGGAUUUCUAAAUGGUUGAGUAUAUGUUACAUUUUAACAUCAGUGAAUACUGUUGGAAAGAUGAUGCAAGUUUUUUUUGUCUUCCACAGUUUGAUUGGUGUUCCAUACAGAGACAACUGGACUAUGAAUUAGAAUGAUCAUGCAAAUUAAAUUUUGUUCCUUAGAUGCAGAGAGUCACAAUGGAACUUCUUAACUGCCACAAUAGCUAACAACUGAUGAUGGAAUUUUGGUCUUCUGGGCAUAAUAUCCAAGGCAUAGGAUGAAGACCAGUAAAAAUAAUAAUGGAUUGUGCAGAGAGGUGAGAUGAUAUCUUACACAAGGUCUUGUCCAGCAAAAAGUUCUGGCAGGUGUAAGAGUUCCAUUGUAGUUUUUUAAAUAAAUAUGAUGGUUCAGGAGGUUGCAGGAAAAGAGAGUUCACAUUAUGAGCAGUUAUUUUUUUGUGCAUUAUUCCAUCAAUUCAACAGUCCCUUCUUUCUAUCUGUCAAUAAAAUGAAAACUGCUAGUGAAAGGCAUAAUGCCUGGUCAUUCUGGGCGUUUGGCUAUUUUUGUAAAUAGGAAGUGCAUCACUGUGGUAGAAGGUGAAAACUACUUACUAAUCUUUUGGGUAUAAUUGAUACUUUUUCCAUGAUUGCUAUUUGCUUUUAGUUAUAACCAGGAUCAGAGACUUUCAAAGGAUUUGAAAAAUUCGUGCCAGGUUUUUUGAUUGUAAAAUGAAUGGUUCCCUCAAGCCCACCUUUUACAUUAUUUGUAUUACUACCAAAAGAAUUACUUCAGUAUCCAUAUUCUCAGUAGUGAACAAAGAAUGAAAACCAAACUGAUUAUUUUGUAAUUUUGUUUGACAAUUAUGAAUUUAAAAUCAAAUUUUAUUACUAUAGCUUUGCAAUAAAUCUAGAAAGAUGUUGACAUCUAAAGAUUAAGCUUAAAUUUAUUAUAGGAAGUGAACUGCUACUAAAGAAGUCACUAAUAAUAGACCAGGGAAAAUGCUGAUAUUUUCAGUUUAAACUGAAAUAGCUCUUCCACUCUUCUUAAAACUGUAAUCAAGUUUUUUUUUGGUUUUAUGUGGCCAUGUUACUUAUAUUCACAUUUGAAGCAUAUAGAAUAAUUCCCCAUGAAUGCUGCAUCUUAAUACUGGUAGUUUAUUAUAAGGCGUACAGUUAUUGUGAACAAUUCGACAAGCUCCUCAAAGAUCGGCACUUACCUUAUAUCGGCAGAGAUGUCAAUACUUUCUCCUUAAUGUCAGGUAAGGUAUGGCAUUAUUUAGGGUCUAAACUCUACCUGCUAGAAGCAGCAUCUAAAGUCACUCCAUUCGUAUUUUUAAGAAGCCUCAAAGCAAAGUGUCAUAGUGUAGACCAAAUUUGUAUCUGAGGCUGGAGCUUCAGUGCAAAACAAAAUAGAUUUUACAGCAGCAUCAGUGUGAUGGAGAUAGAACCAACAAAGCCAAUUCAGCUACAUAAUUAAAGCACUUCCUUAAGAUAAUGUUAAAUAUGUUGCUUUUAGAUCUAAAUAACACUGUUAAAGCUCUUUGCACCCAGUGUUUAAAUCAGCAACAGUUUAUCUAACCAGUUAUUACCACAAACCACUGACUUUAACAGUAGCAUAUCCAAUUAAUGCACAACUUGUGAUCUUAUCUGUUUACAGCCAUAUAGGGAUUGAGCAAAUUAAGCAGUGUGAAGUUGUAUAAAUAUGGGCCUUGGGCUUCUUGAAUAAAUGUGCUACAUGACAUGAUAUUGGGACCAGAAAAUGGCACCCUUUGUUUCUUGCACUGUGUUUAGUUAGCCAUCUCAAACUUCACUAUGCAGAAGAUAUACCUCUGUCAUGCUUCUGCAUUGAUGAGCUGGAGGUGGAAUUCACCAAUGAUUCUCACUCAUGGUUGCUACCCAGUGACUCUGUUGAGGUGAGAGUACGAUUGGGCUAAAUUGCAAUACCCUAUUAUUUCAAUAGCUGCCUGCUUCACACAUAAGAAAUUGAAAUUUGGGUGGAGAAUUCCUGGAAGACUGGAACAGUAUCUUUAACAUGAAGGAUGAGAAAGAAAGUGAUAUCUCCAGGAUAAAUCAUAUCUUUCUCAAAAUAUAACAACAACACUUUAGUACAUAUUCCCUUUUUAAUGCAGAACCCACUUUAGUUUGCUAGCUCUGAACUACACUUAAAGUAAAUACAUAGAUUAUAGAAAUUUCAGUCUUCAAAACUUCCAGAAAAGAGGUUUGUUUAUAAUGAUGAAAUAAAGGCAAAAUGUGAUUAAUGUAAGUACUUGUUCCAUGCCAUAACACGUGGAAGACAUAUUGACCAAUGUGAAAGCUUUGUUUUGUUUCAGUGUCUCAAAAAGCAUUAUAUUAAUCUUAACAAUGGCACAAGUUUUAAUUUAUGAAUUUUAUAUAACUUAUAACUGUUGGUGUCAAAUUUACUGAAUGGAGCAGUGAAAAGAUAAAACAACUCUGAAUAAUAAUGUGCCUCUCAGUAAGAUAAGUUUCAUUAUAAAUUUCAUUAUAAUAUGGAAUUAUAUUUUAAUGUUGCUCAUGUGUUUGCGUAAAGGGGAAUACUGAAUAUAGGCCAAAAAAAGGAUUACUGAAUGACAAUCAUGCUUCUGCUCUCCAUUUCCAGCCUUUUUUAAUAAACUGAUCUUCAUAUUUUACCUGGGCAAAAAUUGCCUAUUAUGCAUUUCUGCUGCAAUAUAGCUGGCCUAUAAAUUACCUUAAAUUCAAAAUGGGAGAUACCAGUUAUCUAUGACUGGUUUGUUCCAAAUCAAUCUAAUUUAGAAUUAGAAUAGAAUAGCCUUAUUCAUUUUCAAAAGGUAUUGCCUGUCUUCUUAUAUCAAUUAAUGAUAUGGUCACAGGCAGUGAUCCUGGAAAAUAGAGAACCACACAUCAAUCAACUAACUUUCAUUUAAUCUGAGUUAGUUCUGAUGGAAAUCCUAAAUCUAGAAUAAGUUUCUGAAUAAAAUAUUGAUAAGUAACUUUAAUUCCACUUUUUAUAGCACAGAGGUUACCAUUGCAAAUUUGCUGUCAAAACCACUUACUGGUGUACUAACUCAUUUUAUUAUGCUGGAGUAUGCAUUUAGCUUUGUUUUAUGGGCAAUGACAGUUUGUUUUAUACAAAUAAAGUUGAGAAAUGUUUUCUUCGCA